GCGGUGGAACCACUCACCGGAAGUGGACUGUCAUUCCGAUUGUGUCCUUGUUAGCUAGUUAGCCGCCACAACGGGCAAGCAAAUGUGUGUUGUUUGGGAAGAUGAAUUAAACUGUACCUAAAUAGUGAAUCUGAACGACAUCUCCGUGAAGCUGCUUUAACAGCAUCAUGCUGCGUGUAGGGAGCAGAGCUGCCUGCGUGGCCUGCAGGAACCUGGUGGCCAACAACAUGGGGGUGAGAUUUCGGAUACCCUUGCAGAAGCUGCACCCUCUCUCCCGUGCUAUCCAUCACCGUUACUCUGGAAACGGCAACCCUCAGCGCCCUCCUCAUCGCACAGCAGCCCGCUAUUUCACCUCCAUGUCUCGGUUGCCCAUGCGGCCGCCGAAGCCUCACCCGGGCUCUGGGGGCCACGGGUACCAGCAGCAGCGCAACUUCUGGGUGGCUCGCCUUGUUGCUCGGUUGCUGAAGCUCAGAUAUAUUCUGCUGGGGAGUGCAGUGGGAGGAGGGUAUACAGCUAAGAAGACCUAUGAUGAGUGGAAGGAAAUGCUGCCUGAUUUUAGUGAAUACAACUGGGUGAUUCCUGAUUUUGUUUGGGAACUGAGCGAACAAAUAGAUCUUGAUAAACUGGCCAAAGCUCUACCAGAGAUGGAAGAAAUAGCCAAACUACUACCCGACUUUGACAAAAUUGGGGAGAACUUCACGUUCCUCAAAAGCCUCCUCACCUCUGGUGUGAGUUUGGGUAGUGAAGUCAAAGGAGCUUCUGGUCUGCAUCUGUUGUUAGAAACUUCAGGUGAUCCUCCACUAAAUGCCACAGAUUCCUCUGCUGCAGUCGCACAUGAAGCUGGUGACAAGCAGUACAAAAAGGGUCUGCUUGGCGAGCUCAUUCUUAUUCAGCAGCAGAUCCAGCGGCACGAGGAGGAGGUCCGACGGGCCGCUGCAGCCAGUAGUGCACGCCCCCAACCGUCAGAGCCUGCUCCGAACCCCAGCCCCCCUCAACAGUCACGCAAGUCAUCUGACAAAGAAAAGAUAGACCAGCUCCAAGAAGAGCUGCUGCGCACUCAGCUAAGAUAUCAGCGCAUGCUGGAGAGACUGGAGAAGGAAAACAAAGAGUUGAGGAAAGUGGUGCUGCAAAAAGAUGAUAAGGGCAUUCACCAAAGGAAAGUGAAGAAAUCCCUUAUUGAUAUGUAUUCUGAAGUCCUGGAUGUCUUGUCGGACUAUGAUGCCAACUACAACACCCAGGACCACCUACCCAGGGUCGUUGUGGUGGGCGAUCAGAGUGCUGGAAAGACCAGCGUGCUCGAGAUGAUAGCACAAGCCAGGAUAUUUCCCAGGGGCUCAGGAGAGAUGAUGACACGCUCUCCCGUCAAGGUAACAUUAAGUGAAGGCCCUCACCACGUGGCCAUGUUCAAGGACAGUGGCCGAGAGUUUGACCUAACCAAAGAGGAAGAUCUGGCUGCUCUCAGGCAUGAGAUUGAGCUGAGGAUGAGGAAAAGUGUGAAGGAAGGACAGACAGUCAGCUCUGAGACAAUAUCCUUGAGCGUUAAAGGGCCUGGCAUCCAGAGGAUGGUACUCGUUGACUUACCGGGUGUAAUCAGUACGGUGACUGCGGGCAUGGCAACAGACACUAAGGAAACCAUCUUCAGCAUCAGCAAGGCCUACAUGCAAAACCCCAAUGCAAUCAUCCUCUGUAUUCAGGAUGGCAGUGUGGAUGCAGAGCGGAGCAUUGUAACAGACCUGGUUAGCCAGAUGGACCCUCAGGGAAAGAGGACCAUCUUUGUCCUGACCAAAGUGGACCUGGCUGAGAAGAACCUGGCCAGCCCAAGCAGAAUUCAGCAAAUAGUGGAAGGCAAGCUGUUUCCCAUGAAAGCCCUGGGCUACUUUGCUGUUGUAACAGGAAAAGGAAGCAGUGCUGAAAGCAUAGACUCCAUCAAAGACUACGAAGAGGACUUCUUUCAGAACUCUAGGUUACUCAGGGACGGCAUGCUGAAAGCUCACCAGGUGACUACAAAGAACUUGAGUCUGGCCGUCGCUGACUGCUUCUGGAAGAUGGUGCGGGAGUCUGUAGAGCAACAAGCUGAUGUCUUCAAAGCUUCACGAUUCAACCUGGAGACAGAAUGGAAGAACAACUACCCUCGUCUAAGAGAGCUGGACAGGAAUGAACUGUUUGAAAAGGCUAAAAAUGAAAUCUUGGAUGAAGUUAUUAGUUUGAGUCAGGUGACUCCACAACACUGGGAAUCUAUUCUACAGAAAAAGCUGUGGGAACGUGUUUCCACCCAUGUAAUUGAGAACAUCUACCUGCCUGCUGCCCAAACAAUGGACUCUGGUACCUUUAACACCACUGUAGACAUCAAGCUCAAACAGUGGACUGACAAGCAGCUCCCGCACAAAGCACUGGAGAUUGCCUGGGAGACACUGCAGGAGGAGUUUGCCCGCUUCAUGGCUGAAUACAAAGGCAAAGACCAGGAUGACAUUUUUGACAAGUUGAAGGAGGCUGUGAAGGAUGACAGUAUCAAGAGGCAUAAGUGGAAUGAGAGGGCCCUGGACAGCCUGAGGGUGAUUCAGCACAAUGCCCUCGAAGACCGCUCCAUCACAGACAAGCCCCAGUGGGAUGCAGCAAUCCAGUUCAUGGAGGAAACCCUGCAGUCACGCCUCAAAGACACUGAAUCAGUAAUCAAAGACAUGGUGGGCCCAGACUGGAAGGAGAGGUGGCUGAGUUGGAAGAAUCGUACACCAGAUCAGCAUAUUCGGAAUGAAACAAAAAAUGAGCUGGACCGCCUGCUGAAGCUGCACGAUGAGCACACGGCUUACCUGGCUAAUGAUGAAGUCACCACAGUACGGAAGAACCUGGAGGCACGGAGUGUAGAAGUUGACCCGAUGCUGAUCAAGGAUACGUGGCAUCAGCUUUAUCGGCGACACUUCUUACAGAAGGCACUGUCACACUGCAACCUCUGCAAGAGGGGUUUCUACUACUACCAGAGACACUUUGUUGACUCUGAGUUGGAGUGCAAUGAUGUGGUGCUGUUUUGGAGGAUACAGAGGAUGCUGGUUAUAACAGCCAACACUCUACGACAGCAACUUACCAACACUGAAGUGCGCCGAUUGGAGAAAAAUGUGAAGGAAGUGUUGGAUGACUUUGGAGAAGACAUGGAAAAGAAGACCCAACUCAUAACUGGCCGCCGAGUCCAGCUGGCUGAGGAUCUCAAGAAAGUUCGUGAGAUCCAGGAGAAACUUGAAGCCUUCAUAGAAGCUCUUCACAAGGAGAAAUAGAUGAACCAGAGCUCUUGAAAAUAAAGUUUGGAUCACAACAGAGAAAUGCACUGAGCAAAGACGACUCAUCUGUAAAUGACUGUCUUCGCCCCAAACACUCACCACACACAUCAUACCCACCCCUCCACCCCGCGGACACCUAUGGAGAGAUGGACCUGCACAGAGCGAUAAGAUGAAGGAACAGUUUUCAGGCUUUCUCUGCGAUUUUCUUGUAACUUUUUCUUGGGGUGACCAGAGGGACUUCUGUACAGGAGCCCAAACCUAAUAAGAAGCUUGCAGAGUCCUGACAGACGUCUGACCGCUUGUUUUCAAUAAAUGAGUAAAUUGUGUACAUGUUUAUCUCCAACUUUCUUAUUUCUUUUCCACUUUACGUUAUGUCCUGGUUUUCUUUGUGUAUAUGUAAUUAUGCAGGUGUGUAUUCACUGAUCUGUGUACAGAGAGACCCUAUUGCCAUUGGCUCCUUUUGUCUCACCUGGUGCUCCUAAAACAUGCCAAGUUAGUAGGCUGGUAGGCACAGAACAAGUCUUGGUUUAGUUUGGUUGCACUUCCAACUUAAAGCACUUACCGUUGUCUCUCUGUGCUGCGAGGGGAUUCUCCAUGCAGGCUAUAUGUUCCCCUAAAUUAGGUGUUCCUUCUGCAACCUGCAGAACAUAGUCAAUUAAUACUGCAUACUACUUCUUUGCAGGAUUAAGAGGAUAUGAUAUACAAUAUACAAUGCAACACUUUGAUUUUAUUUCUUAUUAUUUGGUUCUUUUGAAGUUUAAUUAGCAAAAAUUAAGUAUUUGCAUACAAUUACCUGAUUUAGCUCCAAGCUCAAAUGUCUGAGUCCAUGCAGAUCUGUCUAUGUGGCGUUUCUUGGUUUGUGCAAUACAAAAACAAGUAUUCUAAAUUAAUUAAGAAUUAAUUUAGAAUACUUAAGCAUAAUGUAAACACCUUACUAAAAAGACCUCUGCAGUUUGCUUGAGGCGCUUUCAGUAAACAAACACAACAGGUUACAUAACCUUUGAAAGAUCAGAGCUGAUAUCAUCUGUCAGUUAUCGCACAUUUCUGUGGACUCGUCUAGUCCAUCCCGGUCCAGUGUCCAGUCACUCAGGGUGGGUUUGGUUCCAACCUACACCAGGUUUCAUGUUCUUUCGCGGUAAUGUUUGUGUAUGCAGCACAGGCACGAUUGUCCCCUCUUUAUGCUGUUGUAGCUUAAGCAUUUGAUCGCGCACAAAGAAGAAAAGAGGAAGGGAAGAUUUUAAAUGCUUUGGUCAAAUCACAGAUUCUCCCAUCAGCCACUCGUUUCCAGUCUUUUUGCUCUUUCCUCGUUCUUAUCUUCAGCCCCUCUUAUCUUGCACCUCCAUCACCCACGUAGACAUCUGCUCAUUGUACCAAGCUGGGAAAACUGUUUAUAUUUGCCUGAAGGGGGGGGGGUGGUGAGACCGUGUUAGUUCCUCUUCCUUCCUUCCUAUCUGUACAUGGGGAAAAGAUAAAAUAUAAAACUUAAUGGGCAGUCGUGGAGCUACUAUCAUGUACAGCACCUGAACGCAGAACUGUGUAACAGAGUUGUUGAGUUGGUUCAAAAACGUGUUUUAUGUUGUAGAAAAUAAUGUUUGCAUGGUGUAUCCCAUCCGCUGUGCUUUAUUUAUUAAAUUGUGUUUAAAAGUACAAAUUGAAAAUAAAAUUGACAAAGAAAUCA